GAUUUUCGCGGAGGCAUCAAUACGACAGUCAUCGUCUCAUCGGUCGCUGUUCAGAAAGAAGAGUUAAACAUCGUUAGAAACCUUAGUUUUCUUAGUUUGCUUAGUGAUUUUUUAUAUGCUGGUGUAACAAUACAUAAUACUCAAGUCAACAAUUGGUGUUCUGGUUUUUCGUCCGUUAUAACUAAGCGUUUCGAAAAUCUUCAAGGAACAGCGUGGGCCCGAGCGUAGCGAGAGCUGGGCAUUAACGGUUUAUGAGACGGUUGCUGACAGUUUCUGACGAUAGAAACAGAUCUGGCGGAUUCAAACAGUUGGUGAAAGUUUGGAUAGUCACCGUUCAUUUUCCUGGUGCCGGUCAAGUCCUCUUUGAACAAGCAAUAUCUGGAACUUUUUGGAAUUGGGUCAAGUUCAACAAUGCCUGGGUCAAAGAAGGGACAGAGUGUCUUGGAUACAAACAGGAAAGUAAGUCAUGGUGACUUGUCUGUUAAUUGUAACGAUGUGUCUGAUGUUAAGCAUGACAUGGUUGAUGUUACUGUUUCGCCGUUCAGGGAUAAUAGGAACAUCAAACUCCCUAAGUUUGAACCACGGUGUUUUGAUGGAAACCCGGCCGAUUAUUUACAGUUUGUUAAGGAGUUUGAGAUCAUGCUGAGUAGUUUUUCAUUAAGUGAUGAAUUGAAAUUGAUGUAUUUGAUGAGGUAUUGCACUGGAGAUGCUUCAAGAGCUAUACAGUGCUGUAAGCUCAUGCCCCCUAAUGAGGGAUACGCUGAGGCUAUGAGCAUAUUACGUCAAAGGUUUGGAAGGCCUUCGAUGAUUGUAAGGAACGUAUACGAAGCUGUCAAGGGUAAUGGCAGUCAACUUCAAGAUGACUCCAAGGCACUCACUGAGUUUUUAGACAAUCUUAUGACUUACAAGAAUACCUUGAUUUCUAUGAAUUUCAUGAGUGACCUCAACUCCAGCUCAGUCCUAGAGGUAAUUGCAAGACGCCUACCUACGCGGCUGCAAAGGAAAUGGGUAAAAAUAAGCUCUCGUAUAGAGGAGGAGGGUAUCGAGCCAAGGUUCGAUGAUAUUCUUAGACUGGUGAAGGACAGUGUCAACCAGGCGAUGGGCAAAUUCGCCAGCAUUUUGCAUUCUAAGGUAGAACCUAAGGAACCAGUGAAUAUAAGGAAGGCAUUUGUGGUGAAGUCUCAAGACACAACGAGAAAGGAUGAGUGUAUUGUCUGCCAUAACAUGCAUCAAUUGAGUGAUUGUAAUCGCUUUAUCGCUAUGUCACCCGUAGAAAGGUUAAAAAUGGCAAAGCAGAAGCGGCUGUGUUUCAGUUGUUUAAAGAUUGGGCAUACAAAGUGGAAUUGUAAGGCGACAAAUAAAGGAAGUAGUGGUUUAACGGAUAUGCACCCACUUCUGAGAACAGUGAACGAACCUGGGAGUUCGGUUAAUUGUAAUAGUAUCUCUAGACCCCUUGACAUCCCACAAGUUUUCUUAGGGGUAUUACCAGUUAAGGUGAAAGGACCGAAAUCUUCAGUAGAGACUUAUGCAUUGUUGGAUAAUGGUUCAGACGUUACAUUGAUAGAUGCUGAACUGGCUGGUUGCUUGGGUAUUAAAGGCCCAAAGCAACCCUUGGUUGUAAAUACUUUCAAUUCUGCGAAAACAGUAGUAUGUGAGCGAGUGUCAUUUCAGUUAGAAUCCUUGGCUACAGGGGAGACCGUGGAAGUGGAUACUGCUUACACUACCUCCAGUAUGAAACUUGGCGAAGCUAUAGUACCUAGUCGUGAAACGGUUGUCGGUAAGCCGUACCUGUGUGACAUACCUCUUCCAACAUUGCAAGAUGGAAGAGUGAGAGUACUCAUUGGAUGUAGUGUGCCAGAAGCCCACAAGGUAUUAGAAGAGAGAUUUGGAGGUAGAGAUGAUCUGUUUGCGACAAAAACACCACUGGGAUGGACAGUGAGAGGACCUAUACCCAUAGUCCACAUAUCAUCAUUAGUUACAAACGAUGGGGACAAACUAGAAACUAUGAUUAAAAAUAUGUAUGACAAGGAGUUUUGUGACUGCGGUGUCCCAGGGAAAGGUCGUUCUGUAGAAGACUUGAAAGCAGUUAAAAUAGCCGAGGACUCUUGUAAAUACGAAAACGGGCGUUUCAGCGUUGGCCUACCAUGGAGAUUCAAAGAUAGACAGUUGAUUUGUAAUAGGAAAGUUGCUCUUAAGAGACUAAUGGGUUUACAGAAGAAAUUCCUGUCAGAUGCAGAACUCUGGUCCAAAUAUAAGGAAGUCGUCGAUAAACAUAUAGUGAAGGGUUACGUUGAAAGACUAGUUGAUCAAAGUGAGCCAGGGAAGUGGUAUUUGCCCCAUCAUCCCGUCUUUAACCCGAGGAAGCCAGGUAAACUCCGUGUGGUGUUUGAUUGUUCUGCGAAACACGAAGGAGUCUCUUUAAAUGAUAAUCUGUAUAGUGGCCCAGAUUGCGUGAGCUCAUUAGUGGGACUGCUAUUGAGAUUCAGAAAGUUUACAGUUGCUGUCGCGGCGGAUAUUGAGGAAAUGUUCCUUCAGGUGAAGGUGCCAGAGAGUGACAGAGAUCACUUGAGGUUUUUGUGGUUUGAUGACGGUCCUUGUGGUAAGGUGUCAGAAUAUAGGAUGACAGUGCAUCCAUUUGGUGCCACAUCCUCCCCAUUUUGUGCUAAUUUUGCUCUACGAAAGGCAGUGUCCACAUUUGGUUCUAAUGAUUUGCUGGACGUCAUAGAUUGUUGCUUCUACGUGGAUGAUUGUUUAGCCUCCUUCGAUGAUGAUAAGUCUGCAGUUAGAUUUGCAACAAGCAUUACUGAAGUGUUAGCUAAGGCCGGCUUUCGUCUAACUAAGUGGGUCUCGAACAGCCUAGACGUUUUGAAGCAUAUAGAUCCAGAAGACAGAGCACCUACCGUACGAGAUUUGCCUGUUGAUACUCUACCAGUUGAACGCACAUUAGGUAUGCGAUGGGAUGUGAACUCUGAUACCUUUGGAUUUAGUGUUGGUGAUAUUGAUAAGCCAGUUACUCGGAGAGGUGUGCUCUCUGUGUUGUCGUCCGUGUUUGACCCACUUGGAUUAGUAGCACCUUAUCUACUUCCGGCUAGGAGGUUAUUUCAAGAGACAUGCAGGAAAGGGUUACAGUGGGAUGAACCAUUAAGUGAGAGGCAGAGAGAAGAGUGGAAGGGGUGGGUUAACAGUUUAAGAAUGCUGAAUCUACAUUCCGUCUCACGUCCACUUAAGCCGUCGAGAAAUCAUGAUAUAAUUGACUUCCAUGUUUUUUCUGAUGCCUCUGAGGUUGGAUUUGGUGCAGCCGUAUACAUCAGAACCACCUUAAUGAAUGAUAUAGAUGUUAGCCUGGUGAUGGGUAAAUCCAGAGUUGCACCUCUAAAGACGGUUUCGAUUCCGAGAUUAGAACUUAAUGCCGCCUUACUAGCUGCGCAGUUAUUCACAACAGUGUGUAAAGAGUUGGAUUACCCCAAGCAUCCCGUAACGUUUUGGACUGAUUCGAUGUCUGUGAUAUAUUAUAUACGCAACGAGUCAGCAAGAUAUGCAUGUUUUGUAGCUAACAGAGUAUCUCAAAUUCGUGAACUAACCACUGUUGAGCAGUGGAGGUACGUACCGUCUGGAAAAAACCCAGCUGAUCUAGCAUCGCGAGGAGUUAUUGAUAUGAAUGUUGUUAAAAAUAAGUGGUGGAAAGGUCCAGAGUUCUUGCUAAGGGCUGAUAGUAUGUGGCCUCGUAGAGAAGAUGAACCACCGAUAAACGAGUGUGCCUUGGAGUUGAAGACAAGUGUCAGUUUAACAUCUACUCAAGAAAGACAUUCAGGUUUACAUCCACUUUUUAAAUAUUAUUCUUCUUGGUACAAACUACUGAAAGCGGUUGCGUGGUUGACACGAUAUGUUACGUAUUUAAAGGUCAUGCAUCUUGCGGGAUACGAAAAUAUGAAUGUGGGGCCUUUGAGAGUCGAAGAUAUUAGAAAUGCAGAGUUAACGAUUUUGAGGGCUGCUCAGUGGGAAGCGUGGGGUGAGAUUACCAAGGAGGAUAGUCCCGAUUUCGCAGAUUUCAAGGUGCGGUUAGAUAGAUUAUCUCCGAUAGUUUCCGAAGGGAUCGCUAGAGUUGGUGGACGUCUACAAAUGUUAGAAUCGUCAUAUGAGACCCGUCAUCCGGCUUUAUUACCUUGCUACCAUCCAGUCACUGAUCUCAUUAUAAGACACUACCAUGUUCUUGAAGGUCAUUUGGGUACUUCGCAAGUACUAUCAAGUAUUCGAUGUAAGUUCUGGAUAGUGAAGGGAGGUACUGCUGUCCGUAAAAUAAUUGAUAAGUGCAUGGAAUGUAAACUCCGAAAUGCUCGUCCAGUACAGCAGAUAAUGGCACCACUCCAGCGUGGCAAGCUUCUGAAGGGAAUUAUCCAUUUGAGUACGUUGGGGUGGAUUUGUUCGGACCUUUUGUAGUGAAGAGAGGCAGAACCCUAUGUAAAAGAUAUGGCUGUUUAUUCACCUGUUUGAAAAUGAGAGCUGUGCAUAUUGAGAUGGUUCAUUCUCUAACUACUGAUUCAUUCGUGCUAGCAUUACAUAGAUUUAUAAAUCGCCGGGGUGUACCGAAGAUGAUGUUCAGCGACAGAGGGACUAAUUUUGUUGGCUGUCACGCCGAGCUUAAAGAAUACUUCGAAGGUCCUCAAACGAGAGUUCAGGAAGAGUUACUGAAAAGGAACAUCGAGUGGCACUUCAACCCACCACAUGCCAGCCAUAGAGGUGGGCUAUGGGAAAGACUUAUAGGAAUUAUCAAGCGUAUUUUAAGCUCCAUAAUUAAAAACCAGAGUUUGAAUGACGAAACGCUAGAGACAUUUUUUUGUGAAGCUGAACGAAUAUUAAAUGACCGGCCGUUAUCGCCUGUGAGGGACGACGUCAAGGAUUUUGAUGUGUUAACCCCAAAUAAAUUAUUGUUAUUGAGAGGCAACCCUGGCAUAGAGGACGCAAGCGGGGAAGGAAUACCUACGAUUAAAAGAUGGAAACAAGCCAGGCACAUGAAAGAUAUAUUUUGGAAAAGAUGGUUUAAGGAGUAUGUUCUAACAUUGCAGACCAGGGACAAGUGGAAAAAGUUGUGCCGAAACUUAAAGGUUGGUGACAUAGUAUUAGUAGCAGAUAAAUGUGCCACAGGUAGGUGGCCUUUGGGAGUGGUAGUAAGGCUGAUCUGUAGUGGUGAUGGAUUGGUGAGGACGGUUGAGGUGAGAACUAGUUGUGGCAUGUUGGUGCGAGAUAUCAGAAAACUGUGUCUCCUGGAAGGUGCUGAGAGUAGAGAGUCGGAGGAUGAAACAAUAGAUGAUUUUCCAACCUAGAGCGUCAACCUGAGAAGGGUUGUAGGCGUACUGCUGUAAGUCCUACAAUUCUUCAAAGGGUAGCGCAUCAAUGAGCAGUCUAAUGUGCUCGGUGUGUGAUUUUGUACAUAUGUUCAUAUUGUAUAUACUGAAUUGAUAUCAUCUGUCAUCUAGCUGUUGGUAAUUCUGUUUGUGUCCGGACAUUCCACAACUUACAAUCGUCAACCUGUGAAGGGUUGUAGGCGUACUGGUGUAAGUCCUGCAAUUCUUCAAAGGAAUUCCAUCAAGACAUGAUCUGCGAGGUUGUUUGUACUGUUUGUAUAUACGUGUGGUGUGUCAUAUCAAUUGGUGUUUUUUGGAUUCAUUGUGUUUACUCGUUGUUUUCGUGUCUUGUUGUUAUUGCGUAAUUUUGUUAAAAUUUUCGUCGUGAUUACUUCUGAAGUUGUUUCGAGUCUUCUACAUCCAUGAAUGAAUUGAUUGAUGUUAAGGACAGCAGAUGGGUCGUAUACGCCGGGGAGGCUAGGCUAUUGCUGAGAAUGAAAUGCACACGGAGAUAAUUGUUAGCUGCGGUCCGACACGCCGGGGAGAAAGAGUGUAAACGACUGAGGCUCGCAUGCGUCACCGCUAUUAGAACUGAGGCAGAAUGAGUGACAAGCGAUUGCAGUGGUAAUUGGUAGUGAGUAGAUAAGAGGAUGUGCGUAGAGUAUCGUGAGGUGCUGCCAUGGUCACUUUGCAUUCUGCAAGAGUCAUUCUAGCAAGUGGCGAUUGUGUUGCAAGAUGUCAAGAGGAGGUCUCUGUCUGGAGGCGCAGGUCGUCAUUGAUGUGUGAGAUUGUGCUGUGGGUAUGCUUGUGGUGUGUUGGCUUUUCUGUUUGUUUUCCAUUUCAGCUCUGUCCGUGUGACCCAGGUUCUCGCAAUGGCAUCCAAGUCAACGUGCAUUGGUCGUGAAGGAAAAAAGGGUUGGAUCCCUUUUUUGCCGGGGAGUGUCAAUGGAGUUGAAGAUUGAACGAUCAAUUCUUGGUUGUUUGCUCAAAAUCAACUUCCUCGAUUUUCGCGGAGGCAUCAAUACGACAGUCAUCGUCUCAUCGGUCGCUGUUCAGAAAGAAGAGUUAAACAUCGUUAGAAGUAACAUAACGAUUUAUUAUUGUAAUAUUUGUUUACAGACCUUAGUUUUCUUAGUUUGCUUAGUGAUACUUGAUUUAUAUGCUGGUGUAACAAUACAUAAUACUCAAGUC